AUGUUCAACAAACUUUCGGCUCUUCUCGCCGUUGCUUUGAUUGGCUGUGCGGGCGCGGCGGACUACGUCCUGGCGUGGUCUGGAACCUGCGCGACGACGUCGUCGAACAGUGUCGUCUUCACAAUCUUCGGCACGGCUAGCUCCAGCGGAUGGCUGGGUUUUUCGGUGAUGUCUCCAGGGAAUGACCGCGCGACAAACAUCAAAGACAAAAACGGCAUCAUCCAGUUCAACUUGAACAUCACCACUGAUGGAAAAGUGAUCAUGAACGAUAAAAUCAAGAAUCUCGGGUGGCGUGGGGCGAAGAAGAGGAUCGAGAAAACGCAAUCAUUCUUCACUACCGGCAACCCCUACUCCUUCACCGUUACCUUCGUCAAGGCGCAGAAUUACCAGUGGACACUGGCCGCUACCGGAUUUACCUCGGUUUCGAUGAAGACACGGCUGAAGGGCCGAAGUUGGCCAACAUAUUCCGUGACUGGGGAACCAUUGGCAGCACUACAAACA